UAUAUCAUCGAUAAAUAACAGAGUUAAAUGUCUAGCUAUUUUAUUGAAUCCUCACUCGUUAUUUUUUAUAACUUUAUAUUACCUCAACAAAUAAUUUUAUCUUAAUAUUUUCAUAUUUAAUCUCGGUAAUAUAAAGAUUUAGGACGCAGGAAUGCAAAAAAUCCGGAUUCGACUCCCGACCGAGAUAAACAGUUUAUCUCCUCAAAAACUUUGCAACAUAAACGUACAUACUGACGUUAGGUUCUACAAAUGUGGAGAAUGUGAUAAAGCGUUUAAAAAAAAAGGGAAUUUGCGCGAACAUGAGAAAAUCCAUAAAGGUGAAAAACCUUAUCAAUGUGAUCUUUGUGAAAAAGUAUUUAAUUCCAAAUCCUCUCUAAAAAGGCAUAUAGAGGCUAAACAUUGCAUUGAUAUAAAUUACAAAUGUACCAUGUGUGAGAAAAUUUACAAAACUCAGGACCAUUUGCGUUAUCAUAUAAACACGAUUCAUUCCCAAAGACAGUAUAAAUGUGACCAAUGUCAAUCUACAUUCGCCUAUCCUAGCUACUUAAAACGACACAUAAAAAUACAUACAGGCGAGAAACCGUAUGUCUGCGAGAUUUGUGGCAAAAGAUUUAUCAAUAAAGGCCACCUAAACAAUCACAGAUCUGUACAUAGCGAUGAAAAGCCGUAUGAUUGUGAAGUGUGUGGUAAAAUCUACAAGCGAAAAAAAGAACUUAAUCGACACAUUCAAAGAUCACAUCUAAGGGUCACUGACAUCACCUGUAUGACAAGCGAAGAACAAACUGCAACUGACAAUGAAAGAGAUAAAGAAAAUUAUAACUACUAA